AUGAUGCCCGACGACGAGAACACCCCUAUCCUCUGGGGUUCGCCCCAAGAAACCGGCGCCGCGUUCGACUUCAGGAGCGACGUAAUAACAACCCCCUCCCUAACAAUGCUAACCGCAAUAUCCCAAACAACCCUCUCCGACGACGUCUACGCAGAAGACGCCACAACCACCGCCUUCGAAACCUCGCUCGCGAGAACCUGCGGCCACGCCGCCGCAGCCUUCGUCCCCACCGGCACAAUGGCAAACCAGCUCGCCCUCCGCACCCUCCUAACCCAACCGCCCCACGCCGUCCUCGCCGACGCUUCCGCGCACAUAAUCCACUGGGAAGCCGGCGGCGUAGCACACCUCUCGGGCGCCACGAUCCAGGGCGUCCGCCCGCGCAACGGGUUGUACCUGACCCUAGAAGACGUCGAGAAACAUGCCGUCGUGACGGACGACGUACAUAAAUGCCCCACGCGGGUGGUGAGCAUCGAGAACACGUCCUCCGGCGUCGUCGUGCCGCUCGCGGAGCUGCGGAGGAUCAGAGAGUGGACCAGGGAGAGGGGGAUCGGCGUACACGUGGACGGCGCGCGGCUCUGGGAAGCCGUAUCCGCGGGCGCGGGCACCCUGGAAGAAUUCGGACGGUGCUGCGACGUUCUAACCCUCGAUUUCAGCAAGAACCUCGCCGCGCCGAUGGGCGCCAUGGUGUUGGGUUCGUCGGAGCUGAUCAAGCGUCUGCGGAGGAUACGCAAGAGUAUAGGCGGCGGGAUGAGACAGGCCGGCGUCCUGGCCGCCGCGGCGCGGCAGGCCGUUCUAGAGAAUUUCGGCCUGGGUAACCGAGACUCUCGGGGCGUGCUGGGGAGGAGCCGGGCGAUGGCGGCUGAGGUUGGGAGGAUGUGGGUUUCCCGGGGCGGAGUACUGCUAAAGCCUGUCGAGACGAAUAUGGUCUGGUUGGAUCUCCGGGGUUGCGGUGUGGGUUUGGAGCGGUGGAAUGAGGCUGGGAGGCGGAGGGGGAUCAAGUUGGAUGGGAAGAGGGUCGUGUUGCAUCACCAGGUUGGGGAGGGCGCGAUGAGGGCGUUGGGGGAUGUGAUGGAUGAGGUUCUUGGGAGGGUUCGGGGGGCGUCUGAUGGGGUUGGUGGAUUGCCCAAGGCGAGGUUAUAG